CUCGCCAUCCCUCCCUGACCACCGAGAAGUAUGGAUUAUCCAUCGGAAACCAAAGAGAAAUAAUAUGAGAUUUCGUCGUUCAACGUUAAAUUAUGUCGAUUAAAGAUACCAUGAUAGCGUUAUUAGUUUCGGUUACAUGCGGUCUUACUAAAUGAUUCGUUGACGGAAAAGCAGCCAUCCCUUUCCACCACUAGUUACCAGUUUCAUGGAUUUACAGCAUAGGCAGCAAACACUCGUGUCCUUGUAAACAGACCCUCACACGUGACAAUGGGAGCUGCGACUCAGCGUUGUUCGUAGAGUACAAAAGAGCUAACGCAGCCCUCGAACAUUAAUUUAAACUAACGGGUGAGAUUCAACAAUGGCUGAAAGUAAGGGCGUUUGUUGUCGGGCAAGGGAAAGUUUCAGUGUCGAUAAAGAAAAAACAACGAAGUUAAAAAUCAGGUGCAUGUUUUGUGUGAAGGAUUUAACGUUAACAUUUACUGUAGCUAGCAGAUAGGAAGCUAACAUAUUUUAGCUUGCAAUUCGUCUAGCAUAUCGAUGUCCUCUUAAAUUGUUAAUUAUGACGACCCUCUGAAUUAUAAGACGACGUUAUACCGACAAACUAACCGUUCGUCUCUCCAUCGGGGUAUAUCAAUCUUGAAUUAUAACUUAAGCAUUGGUGUGUGCAAACCUAGUUAACUAAAUGAGAUAGCUAGCGUGCUAACUGAAGUAAUUCGAUAGUUUUAACCACUGGAUGAGACUGGAAUAGCCAGAUAACGUUGAUAAAUGCCAGCAGUUUUCUGCGCUAACGGUAAUCUGUUAGAUCAAAUGUCAUUCGCCAUGGAAGAUUCUAUAGAGUCCGGUUGGGUCUCUGUGCGCCCAAAUGUCUUUGAUGAGAAGGAAAAACACAAAUUCGUCUUUAUUGUCGCCUGGAAUGAUAUUGAAGGAAAGUUUGCCAUUACUUGCCAUAAUAGAACUAUUCAAAAGAGGACUGCAGUAAGAGAUUCUCUCGUUGAAGCUGCCGAGAGUGAAUUCGUUUCCGCGAAGGGUGAAGAAAAGAAACCAGCAGCAGAUAAACAGAAGUAUUCACGCGAAAGUCUCAUCAAGGAGAAUAUUGUUCAGAGUCCCUCAACAGAGCGAACGGAAAUAUGCGUCCCCACAACGUCAGGGGAGAUCCCGAUGAUGGGACUACAUGUUAAAAAGAGCCAUAUUAGGGAGAAACCCGUGGAGACGAAGCCAGUAAGAAGUCAUACUAAUGGAAAACUAACGUUACCCGUAGACGACUCUAAAGUUUCCAAUAUUAAAGUCAUUGACCCAUCCACCCCAAUUGGUGAGACCCGAUCUCCAUCUGACAACCCAGGGGGCUUGGACGAUUCAGACACUUUUGUAAGGCAGGAUUUCAGCUGGGCCAGCUUGUUCUCAUUUCAAGACAUGCGAACCGUUCACCUGCAACUCUGUUCGGUCAACUCUGACCUGGAACCAUGUUUGCCUCCUUUCCCAGAGGAACAUGCAGGAAUGUGGACUGUGCUGUUUGGGGUCCCAGAGCUCACCCAGCGAGAGACUGAGACUCUAUGCUACCAGCUGCAGGUCUACUUGGGUCAUGCCCUAGACACCUGUGGGUGGAAGAUCCUCUCGCAGGUGCUGUUUGCGGAUGGUGACUCCGAGGAGUACUAUGAGAGUUUGAGUGAGCUUCGUCAAACUGGCUACGAGGAAGCUCUUCACAGAGCCAAAAGACACUUGCAUGAGCUGUUAGAGAGACAGCGCAGCAUGGAGAGCAUGGUGGAGCUGCUUGACCUGUAUGCUCAGCAGGAUGAAGCGUAUGGAGACCUUGUGGAGACCACUACUGAAUUAUAUCACUACCUGCUCCAACCCUUCAGAGACAUGAGGGAGCUGGCUAUGCUACGCCGACAGCAGAUCAAGAUAUCUCUUGAGACCGAGUACCUUGGCCCACGGCGUGUGGAGGGGUUGAAGCAUGAGGAUGAAGACUGGCAGAAGAAGGCUCACACUGCUGCUCUCUCCAUUCAGGACCUUACGGUCAAGUACUUUGAGACUACAGCUCGAGCACAGAAAUUGAUGUACGAGCGUAUGAAGGUUGACCAGCGUAAGUUUGGCAAAGCUGCAUGGACUGCUGCUGUGGAGCGCAUGGAGAAGCUCCAAUAUGCUGUAUCUAAGGAGACACUGCAGCUGAUGAGGGCCAAAGAGAUAUGCCUGGAACAGAAGAAGCAUGGCCUUUGUGAAGAGAUGCAGGCUCUUCAGGAUGGGGAAGAUGCAAUGAGUCACUUGGACCACUUGGAGUCACUGUAUUAUGAGCUUCAACUUCAGCUUUAUGAGAUUCAGUUUGAGAUCCUGAAGUAUGAGGAACAGCUGCUUUCUGCACAGCUACAAAGUUUGCGUAGACAGAUGAUGGAGAGGCAGGAUGAGGUUGUAUAUUAUGAUGCAUAUGAGAGUCCAGAUGCUAUGCAGGCCACUGAUGAGACUGCAUCCCUUGGCCCCCCGCUUAGAGAUGAGAUCAGUAAACUUCAACAGAAGACCCGGCAACUGGAGGCCAUAAGAGGGCGCAUCACUGCUAAAAAAGCUUAUCUCAGAAACAAAAAGGAAAUCUGUGUCAUCAAUCACAACCAGAAGUUCCAGCAACGCCACAGAAAUGAAGUCAGUGGCAACUCGCAGCAAGGUCUUCAGCAGAAUGAAGAGGAGGAGGAGGAGCUCAGGAACUCAAGAGUUAGACAGGAGAGACAAAAGACCCUGGACCGUCUACGUAGCUUCAAGCAGCGCUACCCUGGUCAAGUCACCCUGAAGUCCCAGAGGCUGCGGUUGGCCCACAAUAGGAAGAAAUGUGGAGCCACCCAGUCCAUGACUUCAACAGAAAAGCAGCUGUACACACACAUGAUAACGCAGACACAGGUGGCCAGUGUGCAGACAGAUGACUGUGACGCCUCCAUGGUCCUUCCAGAAGGGUCUGUAGGCAGUUUAGUCUGUUUCUCGUUAACUGCUGACGGAGCUAAACCACUCCUCCACUCUGCCCCAUGCUCUUUGCGCCCAAACAUGGUCACUGCCCAUCUUCUGCCUUCUUCUCCUCCUCCACCACCACCACCACCACCACCACCUCCAGCACCCUUUUGUGAUGAUAUGGGCAGUAAGGGGCCUACAGAUGCCAUCAGCCCCAAGCAGCAGCCCUCAGCUGCCCCCACCACAUCACAUGGGCCUUUUAGUGCCCGUUUUGACAGUGGUCAACUUCUCAGUGCCCGUCGUAAACUCAGGAAGACCACAUCGAUGGAGUCGUCCCAGUGGAGAAGAGUAGCAAGCUCACCGAUGGAUGAGGUGCUGGCAUCCCUGAAGCGUGGUAGCUUCCACCUACGCAAAGCAGAGCUGCGUGUGUUGGCCCCUGACCCAGACAAAGAUGAUGGCAGCAACAUCCUGGCCCAAAUCCGCAAAGGUGUCAAACUGAGGAAAGUGCCACUACAUGGGGCCCGCAGUCAGCCUCCUGACACCUGUGAUCCCCUAACUCGUAGUAUUCAUGAAGCCCUGCGUCGCAUUAAGGAAGCUUCCCCUGAGUCAGAGUCUGAGGAUGAGGGACCUCCCUGCACAGAUUGGGAGAGCUAGGUCUUGCACAGACGUUUAUACUUCUCACACACAAAUAUGGAAAGACAUACAUACAUACAUACAUACAUACAUACAUACAUACAUUAGAAAAUGUAAAGAUGUAUAGGCUACACUUAUUACUUAGGUUUGGUCACUUGUUUUAAAUGUGCACACUUAACAGACCCAGUUAGUCAACAUGAGUCAACAUGCAUAUCUUCCCACUAUGUCUGAGAUUUAAUAUCUGUGCAGUUAACCAAACCUGGAGAUAAUUGGAUCCCUAAAAGUAUAGCUUAUUCAAUAAUCAUAGCACCUAUAAAGAACGUAUAGCACCUUGUAAAAAGCUUCUUAUGCAUUCCAACCCUGUGCCUCUGUCCAGAUCAUGGCAUAUGUUUUUUUGCAUUCAUAUAAUGUUGACCGAGGUGAGUGAUGAGCUGUGUGUGCCCCAGUAUAUGUGUAAUGAUUGUGUAAUAUGUUUUCACUUUGUUCUUCUUUCUGGCAGUUUAGAAAGACUCAAAGUCUUUCUAAACAGCCUGUCUGUUCUGUUCUCCUCCUGCGUCCGUGAGUUAAGAUAUUACGAGACUUUUAAAAUUUCAUUCAAAUUACUGUUUAUUUCUUUUACUGAGUGAGGCCCAAGAAAAUGUCUCACAUAAACUGUGUAGUACUGCCACCUCCAGUAAAACCAAAAGUCUAAUUUUUGGGGAAUGACCUACGACCCCCGUGUUGACACUGACACUGUGUCGACACAACGAGAAGGCUACGAUAGAUAGGCUACAUGAUUUUGUAAUGUGGCCAGUCUUACGACCAAGAUGCGGCAAUAUUUUGUGGUUCUCUGAUCGACUAUUCUGACGUGGUGAAUCGUAAAAGACAAAAAAAAAAGUGUAGUCUGCACAGGCCAUUACAGUAUCUUGUGUAAUGGUUUUGAAUGGACAUUAACAGCAACAAAGCUAUUGUGAUUCACUAUCAUUAUUUUAAGAGAGAAAACAAAUGUCCCAGUGCUGAGGCAGCACAUCUCAUUCCUGUUCUUCCCCACGGUCUGGUGGGCCAAAGGAAAAGCCUUGGUUAAUUAUCAAUUAUGACCAGAUUAACUCCAAAUUAGGAAUACACUGAUCACUUACUACUAGGUUUCAUACCUGUCAACAUGCAAGACCUCUACUGUAGAAAGUGUGUACUUGCACUCAAAGCAUGUUUUCCAAAAAAGAAAGAAAUGCUCAUUAGGCAUCUCUGAGUUGCCAUUGACCCUGUAUGUCUCAAGAGAUCUUGAACUGACCAUUAAGGUUUCAUGCCAGUCAACAUGCAAGACUAGCUAGAGUGUCCUUGCACUCAAAGUAUGUUAGAACUGGGAAAUGCUAAAUCAAUUAGGCUAAUAUGCCACCUGCCAUGGAUUUAGAGCUCAUAGCAACACACUACACUGUUACAUCUGGUGGAGUAAUGGAUUGUCAUACUGUACUGAAGUCAGCGUGGUAUUUUUUUUUCAUGUGAAUAGUGUAUCUGUAGUCAUUUGUUAUUUCUUUCCAUGUUGAUUCUACACUCUAUGCAUUAUCUUUUCCUUAUUUUGUAGCUUAUUCUACUUGCAUACAAAAAAGGCUGAAAACUAAGAUGUCAAUCUUGUAUGUCCUGUAUUAGGCCUAUGUACUGUACACAUAUUUAUUACUGUAUGAACCUUGAUUAUUUCUACAAGCAUUAGCAAUUGCUGCUUUGCUGUUCUCUCCAUUGGUCUACAUAUUUUGCUAACCAGCCCACCAAGGCUCCAAAAAUAGAUUGAGCAACUACAUCCAGCAGUCCUUUGCCUUACUAAGUGAUGUAGUUUGGACAAAUAGAUAUGUUUAGCCUUUCAUUGGUUUAUGUCAGGGGUUCCUGUUGAAUUGAACUGUUCAAUUCUCAGAUUAAUUUUGUUUGACCACAUACAGUACAGCCUCAGAUUUUCCUUAGUGUGCAUCCGGAGGGCUGGGGCAUUCUUGUAAGCUAUCUUGUAGUCACUAUAGUCAAGUAUUUUUUGGAACUUUUUGCCUUUAUUGAGACAGGACCAUGAAGAGAGUGACUGGAGGUGAGUGAGAGAGAGAUGGGGUGGGAUUGGAAAAUGAACCGAGUUGGAUUCGAACCUGGGUCCUCGUCAACACUUUGACCCACUACACUCACUGCAGCAUAUUGUACAGUGUAGGCAUAGAUGCUUUGUUGUGCACUGCAGACAGAUGGGUCUAUAACACUGGCUGUCAUCAUUCUGACAUAGAAAUGUUAUUGCAUUUUUCAAGUGAGAUGACCGUGACUUCGGACUCCAAUUGCAGUGUGUGGCCCCCCAGAGAACUACAGGUUUAUGUAAUUGACACAUGGAAAAUUGACAGCUUCAUAACUUCAACUAGUAGGCAAUCUGUUGGAAUUAAGUGGAUGGCCUAGGUACUGUAGCUAACUGCAAAAGACAGAUUGAUUGAGAGGAUGCAAACCGGCUAUUGCUUGAGCUCCAAACUUGUACUAAGACCCCAUCAAGUAUUAUAGGGCUCUCAUGGACCAGCCAGGGAGAAAGAAACAAGCUUCAUAUUUUACUUCUAUGCCCCUUAAGCAUCUAUGUGGCUGACUUGUGGAUUAAGUUGUUCUCUGUGAUAUUUUUGCCUUUGUGCGUAAACUUAUUUUCUCUUAUAACUGUUCCAGCUACUACACUUACACUUAGCUUCAAGAGGUCACUACAUAUGUGCAAUAUUAUAUUCUGAAAAUUGAAAACCUUUAUUUCAUGUGUAUUUGAUUGUGAAUUCAACAUUAAGUUCAAGGUCCAUUUGCAUGAUUGCUUAAACUACAUAUAUAUUUAUGAAGACUUAACAUUGAAAAAAUGUAUAGCAAUACUAUCCUGAUAUAAAAUGCUUUUUCAAACUU